CCCCCCUCGGGUUGUGUGACCCCUGACCUGUGUCUCUCCCCCCUCGGGUUGUGUGACCCCUGACCUGUUUCUCUCCCCUAGGUUGUGUGACCCCUGACCUGUGUCCCUCUCUCUCUUCCCUGUUUGACCCAAGGCCCUGCCCUGGUCACCUGACCCACUGUGACUGUGCUGGGGAUGUUAACAUGGGACAGUUACCCUGGUCCCCUGGUCCUCCUCCCUCUUCAGAGAGAGUGUGGCUGGUGCUGAUUUAACCUGAAGCUCCUCUUGGGUCAGGGGCGAGGUGGAGAAGGAGGGUCCUUCAUGGUAUCUUCAGCCUGUUUGGGAAGUGGACAUGAGAGAUAUUGGAUCUGCCGCAAUCCUGUUGAAUAGCAGAGCAGGCUCGAGGGGCCAAACGGCCUCAUCUUGCUUAUAUUUAUUGAGCCCGUAUAUCUGUAUAUAAAUCAGCCACCAGAAAACUAGCCCCCCAGUUAUUAAAACCCUAGUUUUCAAGCUGUCUGGUUUUCAAACGUUCUAACCUCUUCAGUGUUUUUAUCCCCCCAGUUAGGUUUCCUGGAGACUUGACAAAAUGGAGGCCCCUCCUGUAACGGUGUUGCCUGUCAUUGGUGGGACCAUCAAUAUGAUGGAAUAUAUUCUUCAAGGAAGUGUGCUAGACCAGAGUCUGGAAAGCCUCCUCCAUCGACUGCGUGGGCUUUGUGACAAUAUGGAGCCAGAAACUUUUGUAGACCAUGAGCUGGUAUUCCUGCUUAAAGCUCAGCAAGGAAGUCCGUUUAUUUUAAGGGCCCGGCGCUCUGUGGACAAGCCUGGUUUGCCCUGGCACCUCCGAUACCUUGGGCAGCCAGAAAUUGGUGACAAAAACCGUUCAGCACUGGUGCGAAACUGUGUGGACAUUGCAACUUCCGAUGGCCUAACCGAGUUUCUGAUAGAGAUGGGUUUCCGAAUGGAUCAUGAGUUUGUGGUGAAGGGGCAUGUUUUCCGCAAAGGAAUUAUGAAGAUUGUGGUGUCGAAAAUCUUUCGGAUUCUGCUUCCCGGUAACAUUGACAACGUGGAGCCGCUCUCGCUGUCAUACCUGGUCGAGCUGAAUGUGGUGGCACCACCCGGGCAGGAUGCAGUUUCAGAUGACAUGAAAAGUUUUUCAGAACAGCUGAAGCCUUUAGUUCAUCUGGAGAAAAUUGACCCUAAGAGAUUACACCAGGUGUAGGGAGAAAUGUGUGUGACAUUAGAGUGUACGGUUUGUGUGGCUGGGGAAGAGGUGGUAUUGCCACUGACACACUGCGCUCUGCCUGAGUUCUGAAUGUGUCUGCUUCUAAACCUCAAACAUGUUUCGUGCUUUUAAAAUAUUUUGAAUAAAUUUUACUUUUUGUCUUA